ACAGUCGUCGCUGUCGCAGUCGUAGCAGCAUAAAAAACUGACGUCGCCGUCGACGCACGCAGCGAAAAUGUUUGAGAAAUAUGUCGCCACAUAUGUGCGUGUGUGUGAGCAAGUGAAAUUAAAAUUCCCGCAUGCCUAAUGAAUUCGCUCUGAACGAAAUGUGCCCAGCAACAACAACAACAGAUACAAGAGUAACGAGAGCAAGCAGAACAACAAGCGUAACAGCAACAGCAGCAUUUGUGUGUGCGUGUGUGUUUCAUGUUUUGUGUUAUUGUGUGUCGCUGACUUCGAAAUGAUGAACGCCGCAUACUAAACAAUGGCGUGUUAACCACUGAGCAACAACAACAACAAGCUGAAAGUGAAACUUGCAACGAUGCCCUUAAUAGAGCACUAAGAAAUUCAAAACGAACGAAAAGAAUAGAAAACAAACGAAUUAACGUAACACAAAGGAUCACAGCAAUAGCUACGAAUCAAUUGGAACUGAAAGAUAUACAGUUAGGCGGGACAUAACUGGAGGCUACUCAAGGACACGAUAAAAGCGGUAAUAAAUAGGUGGUAGCAAAUCGAGGUGUUGGCAAUAGGUAUUUGGCAUCCGGUGCUGUGGGUGGCAUGUCCACAGCUAAAAGAUUGGUGCUCUCGUUACGUGGACGCAAAAAUUCGCAGGGUGGCAACUCUGGCACAACAGUGGCAACGGCCACAUCGUCAACGCGUCUGGUUUCAGCCGGCACAUCGCCCGGACAUGAGCUGGAUGAAAUAGCCGUUGUCUCCGGCACCGGCUCGACAAGCCAUCAUUUCUCCUAUGGCGGCUGCCUGGGCAAUAACAACGUCGACGCCGGCAGCGCUGCCGCGGCUGUGGCCCGUUAUUCAACAGAUUUAGGACCUAAGUUUGGCAUGUCCCAGCCGAAAUUCGGCCAGAGUGUCUCGCAACAAGGUUUCUUUACGUCGCAUGACAGUCUGGCAACACCAUGCGCCUCCCGAGCAUCCAACUCACAUAUGGCCACCGUAAGCACUGCCUCCGAAAUGGAUUUACUGCACAACAAACAACGGCACAACAACAAAUCACGUGGACGACUGAAAACCACAAGCGGCGAUCAGCCGCUGUUGGGCACCUGGAAUCGAUCCACUGGACGCGGCUCGCAGGAUAACACGCUGGCCGGUGGUGCUGGCGGUGCCACCAACGUACUUAUGGGGCACAACCAGUACGGCGGCAACUACUGCAACGGCACCGAUCGCUAUCCGCGCUCACGUUCGCAGCAGCAAGCGCACCACAAUGCCGGACAGCAGGCGCACCACCCGUACCAGCUGCAGCACUCGGCGUCGACGGUGUCGCACCACCCGCACGCGCACGGCCCGCCCGGUUCACAGGGUGGCCCUGGUCCGCCCCAUGGCGGCCAUCCACACCAGGCUCCGCACGGUGGCGGUGGCCCUGGUAGUGGUCAUGUGGCACAGCCGCACCACCAGAAACCACAUCGCACUGCCUCGCAAAGGAUACGCGCUGCCACAGCUGCCCGCAAGCUGCACUUUGUCUUUGAUCCAGCGGGGCGACUCUGUUAUUAUUGGUCCAUGGUGGUAUCCAUGGCAUUUUUAUAUAAUUUCUGGGUGAUAAUUUACCGCUUCGCCUUCCAGGAGAUCAAUCGACGCACGAUUGCGGUCUGGUUUUGUUUGGAUUAUCUAUCGGAUUUCCUCUAUCUGAUUGAUAUAUUCUUUCACUUUCGAACCGGCUAUUUGGAGGAUGGUGUCCUUCAGACGGAUGCACUUAAAUUACGCACACAUUACAUGAACUCAACGAUUUUUUACAUCGACUGCCUGUGCCUGCUCCCAUUGGAUUUUCUCUAUUUAUCCAUUGGAUUUAAUUCGAUAUUACGCAGCUUUCGUCUGGUCAAAAUUUAUAGAUUUUGGGCCUUCAUGGAUCGCACCGAACGUCAUACGAAUUAUCCAAAUCUAUUUCGUUCGACGGCUUUAAUACACUAUCUACUUGUGAUAUUCCAUUGGAACGGUUGCCUCUAUCACAUCAUUCACAAAAAUAAUGGUUUUGGAUCACGCAAUUGGGUUUAUCACGACUCUGAAUCGGCCGAUGUCGUCAAACAAUAUCUACAGAGUUAUUAUUGGUGUACACUCGCUUUGACCACCAUCGGGGAUCUGCCGAAGCCACGUUCCAAGGGCGAAUAUGUCUUCGUGAUAUUACAAUUGCUAUUCGGCCUGAUGCUCUUUGCCACCGUCUUGGGGCAUGUGGCAAACAUUGUGACGUCUGUGAGUGCGGCGCGCAAAGAGUUUCAAGCCAAGCUGGAUGGAGUUAAGACGUACAUGCGGAUGCGGCGUGUGCCGAAUCAUCUGCAGGUGAAGGUCAUCAAAUGGUUCGAUUACCUGUGGCUCACACAAAAGUGCUCGGACGAGGAGCGCGCCGUAUCCUGUCUUCCUGAUAAAUUAAAGGCUGAAAUAGCAAUUAACGUCCAUUUAGAUACACUUAAGCGGGUUGAGAUUUUUCAAAAUACUGAAGCUGGUUUCCUUUGUGAAUUGGUGCUGCGCCUGCGGCCCGUGCUCUUCUCUCCCGGCGACUACAUUUGCCGGAAAGGCGAGGUGGGCAAGGAAAUGUACAUUGUGAAUCGUGGACGGUUGCAGGUGGUUGCUGACAAUGGCAAGACGGUGAUGGCCUCGUUAAAGGCAGGUUCCUAUUUUGGCGAGAUUAGUAUACUAAAUAUGGGCACCGCAGGAAACAGACGUACCGCCAGUGUUCGUUCUGUGGGCUACAGCGAUCUCUUUGUGCUCAGUAAAAAGGACAUGUGGGACGUACUCAAGGAAUAUCCAGCGGCAAGAGUUCGCUUGGAAUCGAUUGCUGUUAAGCGACUAGAGAAGUACAAGAAAGCGCCUCUAGAGAAAGUCAAAUACUUUAAUGUAGUUGCCAUGGGCCGCUGCCAAUCAACGCCGGGUCUGGUCGAGAGUUGUGGUCGCACCACGCUGGAGGACAUGUGGUUGCCUCCGGCUUCCAUGCUGCAUCAUGUGCAGCAACAUCAACAGCAGCAGCAGCAGUUACAACAACAACAGCAGCCAUUACAGCCACAACAGCUGCAGCAGCAACAACAACUACAGCAUACACAUGGCUACAGUCCACGCAGCUAUGUGGAUCAUUUGGUGCGUGCCACGGACUCACCACGUUCAGCGAGUCCCAGUGCACAUGGCUCCGAGGAACGACCACGAAGUCGCACCACAUCGCACCACUCGAUGCGACCGCAGUCGCAGCCGAGCCACACAGGUCACAUUUGCGACUCGAGUACGCAGCUGGAGUGCUAUGGAGCAGGUGUAAGUGGUAUCGGUGGUGGCACUACACCACUCUUGGGCUCCCACGAGGCUUUGGAGGAUGAGAUUAAACGUUUGAGAGAGCGUCUGCAUACUGUAGAAUCGGAAAAUCAGGCGCUCAACACAAAACUCUCGCAGCAACAAUGGGAUCUGGAGAAUCGCCUGGCGGAGAUUGAAAUGCAAAUCUGCGGUGUCUCUUCCACCUCCAGCGUGGAUCCCGAUAAUGAGGCUGAGGAGCUGGAGAGAAAUCGCGAGAGUAUCAUAUAACACGGGAGCGUGCUGCCCCAUCAGCAAGAGCCGAUCGGAGCAGCAGCUGCUGGCACAAGCAACAACAUGACACAGGAGCAAUCGCAACAACAAUUGCAACAGCAACAACAACCUGGCCACAUAAUGCGUCGCAUGCAACGCGCCAGCAACAAUGCAACACAGACAACACAACAACAUCAGCAAAUAGACAUUGCCAAGUAUUGCUCGCUGUAGAACAAAAGGAGAGAGAAAAAGGAGCA